CCCUCCGCGACAAACACAAGAAAAUUGCAUUCAGAUCUACCUGUCUUCCUCGCUUUUUCUUUCAUGGCUUGCUCUGUACAUUUCUUUCUUGUUUUUUCACUCAUUUUCCUCUUUAAUUUUUCUGUUUCUCAAGAACCCGUAUUACCCAAAGCUGCUAUUAUUCCAGUGUCAAAAGAUCCUUUAACUCUUCAGUAUGUGACUCAAGUUUUACUGGGUGAAAAACUUGCCCCAGUUAAGCUUGUGGUUGAUGUUAAUGGUCCAUAUUUGUGGGUUGAUUGUGCUUAUAAUCCUCUGUCUAAAUCUCAAAAUCCCAUAAAAAGUUGCUCAAUUGAGUGUUCAAUGGCAAAAUCCAGUGCUUGUACCAUGUCUUUUGGCACCAAGAGUUGUACUCUUCAAUCAGAAAACCCCAUUUCAAGAAUGGUUACAUCAGGAAAUUUGGCUCAAGAUAGAAUUUCUAUGGAGUUUGAAGAUGGGGUGAAUUCAGGUUUUAUGGCCUCCAUUGAUAACUUCUUGUUUUCAUGUGUACCAAAAUUGUCACUAGAAGGCAUCGCCAAUGGUGCAAAAGGGAUUUUAGGGUUAGGAAACACAAGAAUUUCACUGCCAACACAAAUUGCUGGUACAUUUGGAUUUUUUCAGAGGAGAUUUUCUCUGUGUUUAUCCUCAUCAGAUGGUUUAAUUUCAUUGGCUGAGAGUUCUGAUGUGUCACUUUUGGGUGGGGAGAUUUCAAGAUCAAUGGUUUAUACACCCUUGAUUUCCAAGCCAAGUGGGGCAGGAGAAGAGUACAAGAUUAAUGUUAAGUCCAUCAAGAUUUCUGGUAAGAAAUUGUCUAUGAAUCAAGAAAAUAUUGGAGGGGCAAAAAUAAGCACAACUGUACCUUACACCACUAUGCAGAGCAAAAUUUAUGGCACAUUUGUUGAUGCUUAUAUUAAGGCUGCCACUUCCUUGAACAUAUCAAGUGUGGCUCCUGUGGCACCAUUUGGGGUAUGUUUUCGUUCAAAAGGGGUUGAAAAUUCAAGAAUGGGGCCAAAUGUGCCAAUUAUUGAUCUUGUUUUGCAAAGUGAGAUGGUGAAGUGGAGGAUCUAUGGGAGGAAUUCAAUGGUGCAAGUUAGUGAUGAAGUUAUGUGUUUAGGUUUCUUGGAUGGAGGAUUGAAUCAAAGGGCUCCAUUUGUUAUUGGGGGUUAUCAAUUGGAAGAUUAUGUUUUGGAAUUUCAUCUAGGCACCUCUAUGCUUGGGAUUUCUUCAUCAUUGUUAAUGGAACAGAGAAAGUGCUCUGAUUUCAAACUGCCUAAAAAGAUUUCUUGAUUGGCCUGGAGUUGCGAGGAAUGCUUGCUACACACUACUCAACAGAAUUGUGUAAGAUAACAAAUUUUUGACUUUUUUCUUAUCCAGUUUGUUGGAUUGACAAAUUGAGACCUUGUGUCCAAAUUUCUCGUCAACUGUUUGAUCGUGAUACUGCUAGCAAGGUUACAAAACUUGGAAUGGACCCUGCCACGAAAAUGGAGCUUGGAAGAGGGAUUCAGUUUUGUAAUGGCCUCUUGUGUAGUGAAAUUCAGCUUACAUUGCUUAUUUGUAAUCUUUAUUUUUGUUAAUCCAAUGUUGAUUCCUUUUGAUAGCUGUUAAAAAAAAAAAAGUACUUAACAGCUAUAUUAAAGCAGAGUAAUUCUCUUCAUGAGUACACUUUGAAAAGGCAGUUUUCAGAUAAGAAAAGAGGACGACGGUAUUUUUUAUA